AUGGCGAGCCCGACCGACAACAAGGCAGAACCAUUCCCAGCACUGUCCCCGAUUGACUCGGUUCCCACUAACCUACAAUCGCCUCCUCCGCGUGCGAACACUGCUGCCAGUGAGACCACUCGCGAUGGCGCACCCACCACAUCCACCAACUCUCCCAACGGUCGGAGGCGAACCUCCUCAAUUCGCCAAUCUCUCCUACACUCAAACCCACCACUAGGGAUGUGGCAAGCGACCGGCGAAGUAGCCUCCAAAGUACCCACACUGGGCGAGAUACGCAACGGGAGCUUCUCGCCGGAAGGCUGGAACCAUGAGGGGCAGCUUGAGAAGAGAGGUGCAAAUCCACACGAUAUUCAUAGGAAGAGGCUCGCAAGGACAAGCUCGGCUAGCACCAGGACAUGGGGCAGCAGUAAUGCGCCGCCCACUCCGGCAACUCCGACAAUUGCAGAAAGACACAGCGAAGACCACGGAGAAGCCAGGCAGUACUUUCCCAGACGAGGCAGUCUGGCUGUGAGAGAAGUAGUGCCGGAGGAGCAAGAGAAGGAAGCUGCGACGGUCAUAUCUUCAGGUAAUCGAACCGAGGCAUUGAAGAUUGACACCGGAAACACGACCCCGAUAUCAGCAGUGGACGGCUCUGUCCAGAACGAGAAGACAUCUACACCGAUCAAGCCCAUGGAAUCUCUUUCCGAGCAUCCUCGCGGACCAGAUGAGACAGGCACGUACCCCAAUGGCUACCGCUUCCCAGCCAAACAUACCUGGUGGCAGUCUACCGUCAUCGGAACGAAAGGGUUCGGCCGCUUCGUCAUGACGCCAUUCGGCUUCCUCAUUACACUCUACGGCUUGAAUGUCGUGGGUUGGGGUGCGAUGAUCUUUUUCCUUCUCCUCAAUGCGGCACCCGCUAUGUGUAACCCUUCUUGCAGCGACAAGCACACAUCUGCACGACAAAUCUGGAUCGAAAUAGACUCGCAGGUCCUCAACGCUUUAUUCUGCGUCACCGGUCUGGGCCUGAUACCAUGGCGGUUCCGAGACUUUUACUACUUGAUGAAAUGGCGGCUGUCGAAGGACCAGUCAGCGCACCGCAGACUUGCAGGUCUGUACCGUGGCUGGUAUCGUCUACCAGGAAGCCAAGAUCUGCCAGAGCACGUUGCGCCACCACCGGUGUACAACAAGAAACACCCACAGACCGUGGACAGCCCUCCGCCUUACAGCGAGGUCGAGCUACAAGAGCUGGAGACCAACCCGGCCGUUCCUCUACCAGCCACGAGCAUGCCAGAGCCCCCUCUUACAGGCGUCAGAGCGAACCCAAGCAGAGGCUGGACGUUGGACUUCAUCAUCUGGAUGUACAUGUGGAACACUAUCUUGCAGAUCCUGCUGGCUACGUUCAUGUGGGCAUAUAACAGAUUCACACGUCCGAGUUGGGUUGUUGGCUUGCUGAUUACUUUGGGUUGUCUGACUGGUAUAUUUGCUGGUAUUCUGGUCUUCAUCGAGGGAAAGAAGGUCAAGGCUGCCGAGGGGAUCCCGGUUCAUGAAUACGAUGUCCUGGAAAGCAUUGAGCAGUACCAUGAGAGGAAGCAAAAGGAGGAUGAGAAGCUGCAAAAGAAGGAGAGUCAUUUGGCGAAGAAGGAGAGCCGACAUGCGCGGAAGGUUGAGAGGACGGAGAAGGUGAAGGGGCAGAAUUGGCUCCGCGAACCAUGGAAGAAGUACCGGCAAUUCAAGCCUCUCAACCUGCCCAACCGGCAAUGGCCAUCCAAGACCAACGACAAGCCUCCGCGAUGGCUCGCAACCGACCUCCGCGACGGCAACCAAUCCCUCGUCGACCCUAUGGACGGCGAGCAGAAACUGCGCUUCUUCAAGAUGCUCGUUGAGCUAGGCUAUAAGGAGAUCGAGGUCUCCUUCCCCUCGGCCAGCCAGACGGACUAUGACUUUACGCGACACCUGGUCGAUACGCCGGGCGUGGUGCCGGAUGAUGUAUAUCUACAGGUGUUGAGCCCCUGUCGAGAGGAUUUCAUUCGGAGGACAGUGGACAGCUUGACGGGCGCGAAGAAGGCGAUUCUGCACUUGUACCUCGCGACGAGCGAGUGCUUCCGGAGGAUCGUGUUCGGGAUGAGCGAAGACGAGAGUCUGGCGUUAGCGGUGAAAUGCACAAAAUAUGCAAGAAGCAUAACCAAGGACGAUCCCGCGCAGAAGGACACGGAGUGGCUGUACGAGUUUUCCCCGGAAACGUUCAGCGAUACGAGCCCAGAGUUCGCCGUCAGGAUAUGCGAAGCGGUCAAGGAGGCUUGGGGACCCGAGCCGGAGAAGGGGGACAAGAUCAUUUUCAAUCUGCCGGCGACGGUGGAGAUGAGCACGCCAAACGUCUUCGCCGACCAAAUCGAAUAUUUCUGCACCAACAUGACCGAACGAGAAAAGUUCUGCGUCAGCGUCCACCCCCACAACGACCGAGGCUGCGCCGUAGCAGCCGCAGAACUAGCACAAAUGGCCGGUGCAGAGCGAGUCGAGGGCACCCUCUUCGGCAACGGCGAACGCACAGGCAAUGUCGACCUGGUCACGCUCGCUCUAAACCUAUACACCCAAGGCGUGUGGCCCGAGGUCGACUUCAGCGACAUCAACAAAGUGAUCCGCGUAUGCGAGGAAAGCACAAAGAUCCCCGUCAACGAACGCUGGCCCUACGGCGGCCAGCUCGUCGUCUGCGCCUUCAGCGGCAGCCAUCAGGACGCCAUCAAAAAGGGCUUUAUGGCACGCGACAAGUCAAAAGCAUCUCGGGAGGAUCCCUGGCAGCUCCCCUACCUACCCCUCGACCCUCAAGACAUCGGCCGCAACUACGAAGCCAUCAUCCGCGUCAACAGCCAGAGCGGUAAGGGUGGUGUCGCUUGGGUCAUCCUCCGCGGAUUGGAGCUUGAUCUGCCGCGAGGCCUGCAGGUCGCGUUCAGCCGGAUCGUGCAGAAAGAAGCCGACGCGAAAGGUCGAGAACUACUCCCCCGAGAGAUACAAACUAUCUUCGAGGAGUCAUAUCAUCUCAAGAGCAAUCCGAGGUUUACACUGGUCGACUAUAACAUCACAGCCGUGCGGCCAGAACGGCAACCACAAUCGGAGAAUGGCGCGCCAGUGCAGAGCACAGCCAGCAGCAAGCGACAAUUCGCAGGUAUUGUGGCGAUCGAUGGUGAGCAGCAUCCGAUCGUGGGCCAGGGCAAUGGUGCAAUUUCAUCUCUGGCGAAUGCUCUGCAUACCCUGGGCAUCGAUCUGGAUGUUGCAGACUACCACGAGCACGCCAUCGGCGGCGGAAAGGAGGUGCGUGCGGCAACGUACAUAGAGUGUACAGCCACAAGCUCGCAUGAGAAGGUCUGGGGCGUCGGGAUUCAUGAGGAUGUGGUGCAGGCGAGUUUGAUUGCGCUGUUGAGCGCGGCUAGUUCGUUCCUCACCUCAAGAGUCUCGACGCCUGUGCCCUUUAGGCCCAAGCAUCUCAGGAAUUUCUCCGAGGCAGAGCUCGAGGCAUUGGAGAAGUUGAGUACGAAUAAUGGGAAUGCUACGCCGACAUCAGUCGAGAAGCAACACGACUUCUCGCCGUCGACACCUUCAAAGCUUGGACAAGGGUCGGACGCGAAGGGAAAGGUGGACUUGGACAUGCUAGAAAAGAAGGCUGAGGAAGCAGGUGCUAGUACUGCCAACGGGCAUUCUUGA